AUGAUGAGGUCCUCGCGAUCUCUCGCUGCGUCAACUCGCCAGCUAAGAUCUGCCUUUAACCCUCACAGCCUCCCACGUCUUGCCCUCAAACCCCAAAGCAUCCCAUGUCUCGCCCUCGGAACUCGCAAGCUUCACUGCUCUGCGAUCCGGAAGUCGGGCGUGGCUUCUAACCCAGCCAUGUCCUUCCCAUGCCUCGACGCGCUCGAAUCACGCUCCGCGAAGCUCACAGACGACGACACCGAGCCCUCGUAUACUUCCGGCGCAACCCUCAACUACCACCACAAGGAACCCUUCCUGCUCGACUGGGGCGGUAUCCUGCCAGAGUUCAACAUCGCUUACGAAACGUGGGGUGAGCUCAACGCCGACAGGUCCAACGCUAUCCUCCUACACACCGGCCUAUCCGCCUCGUCCCAUGCGCAUUCUACAGAAACAAACCCUAAACCAGGCUGGUGGGAGAAAUUCAUUGGUCCUGGCGGUCCUCUUGAUACGAACAAGUACCACGUUAUCUGCACAAAUGUCAUCGGCGGCUGCAAUGGCUCAACAGGACCCAGCAGCGUCGAUCCUGGAAACGGCGAGCGCUACGCAACUAGAUUUCCCAUCUUGACGAUGGACGACAUGGUCCGCGCCCAAUUCAAGCUUCUCGACCACCUCGGCAUCGACAAGCUUUACGCCUCUGUCGGUUCCUCAAUGGGCGGCAUGCAAUCCCUCGCCGCAGGAGUCCAAUCGCCCUCGCGCGUCGGUCGCAUCGUUUCCAUCAGCGGAUGCGCACGCUCCCAUCCCUACAGUAUCGCCAUGCGCCAUACCCAGCGCCAAGUCCUCAUGAUGGAUCCCAACUGGAACCGCGGUUUCUACUACGGAAAGGUGCCUCCCCACGCAGGCAUGAAGCUCGCUCGUGAGAUCGCAACAGUUACAUAUCGCUCUGGACCAGAGUGGGAGCAGCGCUUUGGACGUCGUCGCGCUGACUCGAGUAAACCACCUGCCUUAUGUCCCGACUUUCUCAUCGAGACGUACCUCGAUCACGCUGGUGAGAAGUGGUGUCUCAACUACGACCCCAACAGUCUUUUGUACGUUAGUAAAGCGAUGGAUCUUUUCGAUCUCGGCAUUGAACACCAACGCGCAACACACGCCCGUCGACAAGACCGCGAGAAGAAACUCGCCUCAGGUGAAGCUUCCCCGCUGUCCUCCGACGCAGCCUGCAGUCUCACCCUCCCCAACAAGCCCUACGAGGAGCAACCCGGAUCUCACCCAGACCCGUCAGACCCCAACGUUGUGCCCGGUUCACGACCACCUGAGGAUCUGAUCCACGGACUCACCCCGCUGCGUGAUACUCCUACGCUGGUGAUGGGUGUCGCGAGCGAUAUCCUUUUCCCUGCGUGGCAGCAGCGCGAGGUAGCUGAGGCUAUUCGUUUGGCUGGUAAUCGCAAUGUGACACAUGUUGAAUUGAGCGAGGAGAUGAGCAUGUUUGGACACGAUACAUUCUUGUUGGAUCUCAAGUACAUUGGUAACAAUCUGCGCAUGUUCCUUGGUUAG